AUGGAUGACACAUUAACGUCUGCUACUACUACCGAACUGAUGAUUAUUUUCUCUCGAUAUGGAAUACCAGAGAGCCUGAAAGCCGACAAUGGUCCGCAGUUCACAUCCGAAGACUUUUUAGCUUUCUGUGAGGAGUAUGACAUCCGGUUGGUGCACUCGAUUCCUUAUUGGCCUCAGAUGAACGGGGAAGUUGAGCGUCAAAACCGCUCUAUCUUGAAGCGAUUGAGGAUAGCCCAGGAAUUGGACAAGGACUGGCGGAAAGAGUUGAGGCAGUAUCUUCUGAUAUAUCACACAGCCAAUCAUACGACCACAGGGAAACCCCCAUCAGAGCUCAUGUUUGGGCGCCGCAUACGCACUAAAUUGCCAAGCAUUUCAAAGGCAUCAGAGCAAUACGACGUCGUUAGAGAACGGGACGCUAUUGAAAAAGAGAGAGGGAAGUUAUAUGCGGACAAGAAACGCAGAGCUAAACCAAGUGGGUUGCAAGUGGGAGAUCGCGUUCUAGCGAAGCGUACCAGAAAGGGAAAUAAGUUGUGUGCCGACUUCUCACCUGAAACUUUCGAAGUUGUCCAGAGAAGCGGAGCUGAUGUUACCAUUAGUUAA